GAGCUUCCGGUGAUUAAACUUCCGUUGGUUCAAGUCUUCACUGUCGAUCCCUUGUAGAUUUAAGCAACUGUACCUUUACCUCUAACAGAAACGACUACAGCCAUGCAUUUCGACGAUAUCCUGAAAGUGAUUGGAGAGUUUGGGCCAUAUCAGAAGAGAAUAUAUUUCCUGCUAUGCCUGCCAAUCCUGUUCCAUUCUAUGUUCGAGCUACGAAAUGCUUAUAUAAUGUAUACUCCGAAGCAAAUGUGUGCCACAAUCGAUUCACCUGUUCAUCUCAAGGAAACAGCCUCCAAUAACUCCGGCGAUUCUUCCCGUUACCAUGAUCAGUAUGAAUAUGGGGAAUGCAGUGUAACGAUUGGAAAUAACAGCAGUAAUACAACAUCGUAUGCAUGUUCGUCUUGGUCGUAUGAUAAGACUGUAUUUACUUCUACGUAUGUUUCUGAGUAUAACUUAGUAUGUGAUUCUGCACUGACAGCAGCAUAUAUACAGGGCAUCAUACACUUUGGGUCAUUGACGGGGUCGUUUCUGGAGGGAUUUAUAUCGGACAGGUUCGGGAGAAAACGGAUAUUGUGUGGCAGCAUUACCCUUGCCAUGGUGGUUGGUACUUGUGCCGCAUUCUCUCCUAAUAUCUACGUAUUUACAGUCCUUGGUUAUCUACAAUCUUUGAGUUGUUCGUUCACAUAUUCAUCGGCAUUCAUAUCAGGUUUAGAGCUUGUUGGACCAUCCAAACGCCGUUGGGCUGGGAUUCUGAUCAAUUUCUUUUAUUCAACUGGGAUGAUCUUGUUAUCAGGAAUUGGAUAUGGAUUUCGUGAUUGGAAAUAUAUUCAAAUUGCAUGCUCUCUACCUUUAGGGCUUUUCAUCGUUUACUGGUGGAUCAUCCCGGAAUCACCACGUUGGCUGAUCAGUCAGGGUAGAUAUAAAGAAGCCCAUGCUAUUAUCCGUACAAUAGCUAAAUACAAUAAAUGUGAAGACAAGCUGUUCCUUAACCAACUAACAGACGAUGAUGACGAGGAACCCGAACGGUUCAAAAUCUGGCACCUUUUCUCGUCUUGGUCCAUUAUUGUCAGAUGUGUGAUAAUCUGGGUAAACUGGAUAAUUAUCUCUAUAAUAUACUUUGGAUUUUCCUUAAAUGCUGCUAAUCUAAGCGGGAACUUUUACCUCAAUCAUCUACUCGCCAGUCUUGUCGAAUUUCCAGCUAACGCUGUUGCGUUUGUAUUGUUGGAUAGGAUUGGGCGGAAAAAACUCUUUAUCUUAGGAAUGGUUAUCGGCGGAUUAUGUUUACUCUUGACAGGUGUAUUCGAACAUUUCUGGCCUGUUGAAAUAAUUUGUAUUUCGUUUGCUAUGGUGGGAAAAUUUGGAAUAACGAUCGGAUAUGCCGUGGUAUAUGUGUGGUCAGCCGAAUUGUUUCCAACAGGACUACGGAGUACAGGACUAGGCUUAGGAUGCAUGUUUGGCGACGUCGGAUAUAUAAUAGCGCCUUACAUUUUACAACAGGCUCUACUUGUCCCGGGCUAUGGACGUAUUCUACCGUUAUUCCUGUUCGCUGUGUUGGCAUUGGGAGUCUCGUUUCUCACUCUUUUGUUACCUGAGACGACGAUGGAAUCACUUCCAGAGACAAUGCAAAUUCACCAGGAAAGACUCCAGUCAUACAAAAGUGAUAGGACGAUAUGCGGAGAUACGCUGGUCGUGGAGGAAGAGUUAUUAUAAGUCAUAUCUAUUUGUGAAACAAAUUUUGAACACUGAGUGACUAAUAAAUUUUCUUCUACAAUUAUAUCUUGAUAUCAGAAGGGUUAGACAUUCAAAUUUAUUAAGUUAGAAUGGUCCCUUUAUGAAGUCACUCUCUCUA